CAUCAACAUCAUCUUCUUCGGCUAAUAAUAAUAACCGUAAUAAUAAUAAUAAUAAUAAUAAUAAUAAUCGUAGAGAUUCAACAAACAACAACAGCCCAAAAACAGCAUUUAAUUUCAAUUUUAACGAUUCGUUUCAAGCGGUUGGUAAAGUUUUUGAUGAUUUUCAAGAUAAUAUUAAAGAUUCAUUGGAUGAAAUUUCAAAAAGUAUACCCGAAAUGAAUAAAAUAUUUAACAUAUCAAAAACAUCUUGUAAUUCAUGUAAUUCAGUUAAUACAACAAUAUUUGCCCGUAAAAGAAAAUGUAGUAAAUGUUCAUUACCAUAUUGUUCACAAUGUAUGAUUUAUAAUCCAAUACCAUCAAGAAAAUCUAUUUGUAAUCGUUGUACAAUAUUUGGCCAGAAUCCUAUUUCAAAAGAAGGAUUAAAUUCAUUAAAAGUUCGUGAUCUAAAAUGGUUUCUUGCUUCACAAAAUAUACCUUCACAUCAUUGUUGUGAAAAAUCUGAACUUGUUGAUUUGGUCAUUCGGAUUCGUAAUGGUGGAACAACAUCAUCAUCAUCAUCCACCGGGUCAACAGGAAGAAAUUCUUCGUUCAGUGAAACAACAACAUCAGCCCAACGACGUCAUUCUUUUACCAAUUCUUUUGCCUCUACCAGUAAUAAUCAACAGCAACAACAACAAUCAAAUCAAUCAUCAACGUCGACGUCGACAACGUCAUCAGCAUGUCCACCAUUAUCAUCCACGCAUUCAUCACCAAGAGCAACAAGAACUUCGACGACAUCUGAAUCAUCGAACGAAACGAAUCAAAAUUCCAACGAUACAAUCAAUAGUGAUAAUAAUAAAUCUACUAAUGGACAGGCAACUAAAUCAUCAUCAUCAACAUCAUCGACGACAUCAGCAAAUAUUACAUUGGAUGAUAUAAACGAUGCAGAUGAAAUAAGAAAUUUUUCCAUAAAACAAUUAAAAUUAUUAUUAACAAGAAAUUUUGUUAAUUUUAAAGGUUGUAUUGAACGUGAUGAAUUGGUUGCAAAAGUUUUACUGUUGUAUAAUGAUAAAAAACAAAAUGAUCGUCUUAAAGAUCAAUUAGAAACAAAAGAAUCAUUAAACGAUAAUGGUGGUGUUGAUGAAAAUCAAUGUAAAAUUUGUUGGGAAAAAGUUAUCGAUUGUGUUCUGUUGGAUUGUGGUCAUAUGCUUACCUGUACUGAAUGUGGUAAAGUAUUAAGUGAAUGUCCAAUUUGUCGACAAUUUAUAACACGUGUUGUCCAUGUUUUUAAAUCAUGAUUCAUUUGAUUUUCUCCUUUUCUCAAAAAA